UUUGACGUUGGUUGCUGCUUACCAGGACGACCCCGCUCAUGGGAGUAUUCAAGGACACAAUGAGCGAACAUACAGGAAAUACCCACAUGUUAUGUUAUCUCAGUAAUACCGUCGGACGUAAACAGAAAUAGAUGGGAGUCCAAUACAUUGUAAAAAAAUAGGCUAAUUUGAUAGUGUUAGCGAGAUAACAGCGCGCGAAUUGAGAGCUAACAGACAACUCUGCCAUUUGAAACAAGUUUGGUAGAGUCGGAGUCUUCCGUUGUUUCUGCUAGCUUGAUAAACGUCGCAAAGCUAAGAUAAGAUAAGCUACAAGUGGUGUCUUGCAACAUUACCGGUAACGCAAGUCGUUGAACAUCCAACCAGCUAUGGACUCUCUCGAAACACCUUACGACGAAGAGGCUGAAUUUAUCGAAUGCACGAUCUGUGAAAAAUCCAUAAGAGGCGAUACGUUGUUCAAGAUACACCUGACUUCACCGGGACAUUUAAAGAAAGAGGAUGCCUUGGUUGCUGCGGGGCUUGCUUCCAGACAGCGCAAUGUACCGAUAUUUGAGGACAUCGUACAUUAUCUCGAUUACAUGAAACUGGAAGAGCCUAUCAUUGGCUUGAGCUAUUUGGAAGAACUGCCUUGUAUCAAUCCACAGGAUGGCCCCAGAUAUACAUGCAGGUUAUGUCGUCAGACUACAAUCCUAACUGAAAUGGUCCGUCAUGUGAUUGGACGCAAACAUCGGCAGAAAUAUGUGGAACUGAAACGACCAGACCUGGUGACCUGGGAUAAACAAAACAUAAUCACCCAAGGAGGGAAGAUCAUCCGAGCCAGAGCACAGAUAAUAGAGAGACAAGAUGGUCGAGGAACUCCAGUGCUGAUGGCGAAAAGGGGAAUAGAAGGCAAAUCAAACAUCUCACGAGUUCCUCCUAGGAAGAGGCAAAAUAGGGACCGAAAUAUCUCUCAGAGUUUGGCCAAACAGAAUGUGACAUCAAACCUACCAAAACUCAUGGACUUUCAGGAUGAGUUCUCUCAAAGAGGGAGGUAUCCCCAAGAGCAGCAAAAAGCACCCCCAUUCCACCCAGAAGACCCUUACAUGUUGAACCGAGCCACGCCAAUGCACCAGCGGAAGGAAUUUCUCAGCCAUGACCGUUUAGGAGAUGAGCUGCAGAGGGCAGAUCACAGGGAAAGUGAUAUGCACAGACGAGAGUAUAUGGAACCUGAUUAUCCUAGGGACUAUGAAAAGGAAUAUGUUGAUGAUCCACAAAGAAGGGCCACGCUUGAGCCUGGUGGCACUCCAAGGUAUGAUUCAAGAGCGGAGAUGUCCCAUGGCCAGACUCAGCAUGAGGAAUAUUACCCUGAAGCAGCUCCUCCUUACAGGAAGCCCUACCCAGAGCGAGAUCUGCUGAAGGAGUUCUACUCUGAGGAGGUUAGGCGUGGGCAAGUUCGUCCUGCCGAGCCUCAGCCUUCCAAGCCGUCAUAUCCAGAACGUAACAACCAACGUUGGUCUCUGGACAGGGAAUCUGGUAGACAUGACAGUAUGGAUAGAUCAGUUAGGCAGGGGUCGAGUGAACCAGAGGCCGAGAGGAGUAGCUUCCCUGCGCAUAUGAGUGACAGUUCUCGUGACCAUUUGUUUAGUGUAAUUAGAGAUUACGGCCACAAUAUUAGAGAACCAUAUCAGGAGAAGGCAGAUGCUAACCCUGGGCCAAGCAGACCAGGACCCCCCAACUCCCAGAGACAAGUGGAAGUUAGCAGGGCCAUGCCUGACAUCCCAGAGCCAUUCCGCCGCUUCCUGAAACGGACCGCUGAUGACGAAGAACGUGGUAAAAGAAAAAGAAAGAGUCGCUUCUCUGACGCCACUGCAGAGGAGAUGGAAACGACAAAGGAGAUGUUCAGUGAUCAGUAUGGACCUCCAAAUCAAAUGUUUGGCAGCCGUCCAAGACCAGUUGGUACACCACUGAGACCUGAAAUCCAUGGAAUACAAAAUCCCGACAUUUACUCAAAAUCACAGAGCCCACAUCAUCCUGACAGCUACCAAAGAGGAGGCUCUGAGUCAGUGGCUGUCUUUGACAUGCUGAAAAACGUUGAAAUUGAGAAUGCACAAGACGCUGACUUCCUAAAGAACAAACUGUGUGACCUGCUGAAGGAAUACAAGGCCAGAAAAUCUGAGAAAAAUGGGCAAAACAGCCACGGUAGAGCAGUCGUCUCCAAAGACUACAACAACUUCGAGCCGGAUCCAGAGCUGUCUACCAGAUACCAGUAUGAGACAACACACAGAGAAGAUUUAGACCUUAGGCGACCAGAAGAGACCUACUUUCAAGAAGAUCGCAGAGAAAGAGCCUGGGAGCAGCAUGAACAUAUAUCUAAUGAGCGGCAGCAAGAAUACCACCAUCCUAUACAGGGGGAGCCCAGACAGACAAAGUCAAACAGAAGCCGUUAUGAGGAGGUUUUUGGGCGACCUGCUACUCAUCCAGAUGAGCCAGCUCAUUAUCCAGAAAGGUUUCAAGAACCCAUGCACCCUCGUGACUACCAACAUGCUGCUGAGGAGUUUUUGGACUCCCACUCAUCGGCACCUCCCCUCGUCAUGGAACAAGGACCCUGGAUGGACAGGGGCCCACGUACCCGGUACUCCAACCUGGACAAAAUCACCUCCACACUCCUGGAACUUGUGGGAAGGAAAUAAUCGACAGAUUUUCCAGAUAUUUGAUAAAAUACUGGGAUAGAAAUAUAGGUUAAUGUUAAACUGCAUUCUUUACAUUUGUGAAUAAGUUUGGUCCUUAAAAAAAGUUUUAAGUCUGACUGUUUACUCAAACAUUAAAACGUGUCUACUGCA